UAGGAAAAGGUUUUGGGAUUCCGAACAUUUCUUUCUCCGUCGUGGUUGCACUCACUCACUCCGAGACCAAAACGGCGCCAUGCCUACCGUCAGCGUGGGGCGGGAUCGCCUGUUUGCGGCUCUAGGAAGAACUUACACGCAAGAGGAAUUCGAGGACUUGUGCUUCCGUUUCGGGAUCGAGCUCGAUGAUGUUACGACGGAGAAGGCAAUUGUAAGGAAAGAAAAGCAUUUGGAUGAAGAAGAAGCUGAUGAGGACGAAGAAGUUAUCUACAAGAUCGAAGUUCCCGCCAAUAGAUAUGAUCUCCUGUGCCUUGAAGGGCUUGCUCAAGCCCUCCGUGUUUUCUGUGAGAUUCAGGAGAUCCCCAAUUAUAAACUAUCUGACAUUAGUAAGAAUGAAAUGCUGAAGAUGCAUGUGAAGCCGGAGACUUCUGUGGUUCGUCCAUUUGUUGUAUGUGCUGUAUUAAGAGGUGUAACUUUUGAUAAAGCGAGAUACAACAGCUUUAUCGAUCUCCAGGACAAGCUUCACCAAAACAUAUGUCGGCGAAGAACACUUGUUGCCAUCGGAACCCAUGAUCUGGAUAAAUUGGAGGGUCCUUUCACCUAUGAGGCUUUGCCACCUUCAAGUAUAACUUUUACGCCACUAAAGCAGGAAAGGAGCUUCAGGGCUGAUGAGUUGAUGGAGUUCUACAAAUCAGAUUUGAAACUAAAGAAAUUCUUGCAUAUAAUUGAGGAUUCCCCUGUCUUCCCUGUAUUAUAUGACAGUAAGAGAACUGUGUUAUCUUUACCCCCAAUUAUUAAUGGUGCUCACUCAGCCAUCACUCUGGAGACAAAGAAUGUGUUUAUUGAAUGUACUGCUACUGAUCUGACAAAGGCAAAGAUUGUUUUAAAUACAAUGGUAACAGCCUUCUCAGAAUAUUGUGCGGACAAGUUUGUCAUUGAACCAGUUGAAGUGAUUUCUUCUGAUGGCAAGUCAAACAUAUACCCUGAUUUAUCUGUCUACAAUAUGGAAGUUUCUCUAUCUUACAUUACUGGAUUGAUUGGGGUAUCUUUGGAGGCAGAAGAGGUCACUAAGUUCUUAAAUCGGAUGCAAUUGCAUGCCAAGCAGUCUACGUCUGCUAAAAAGCAGUGUAACUUUAUAGUGUCUGUACCUCCUACAAGAAGUGAUGUUCUUCACCCUUGUGAUGUCAUGGAGGAUGUCGCAAUUGCUUAUGGAUUCAAUAGUAUUAAGGAUAAAGCUGUAGCAGAUAAUAAGGGCUCAAAGAGGCUGGCUGGUUCCCUGACUCUACUUCCACUGAACGAGAUAAGUGACCUUAUCCGAAAAGAGGUUGCAUUGAUUGGGUUUACCGAGGUCUUGACAUUUAUACUCUGCUCUAAAAAGGAAAACUUUGCCAUGCUUAACCGUAAAGACGAUAAAUCUAGAGCAGUUAUCAUUGGAAACCCCAGAUCUUCGGACUUUGAGGCUGUGCGAACUAGUCUUAUGCCUGGCAUUUUGAAAACUGUUGCUCACAACAAGGAUCAUCCAAAGCCUAUAAAGAUUUUUGAAGUGGGUGAUGUAGCACUUCUGGAUGAUACUAGAGAUGUUGGUGCAAAAAAUCUUCGCCAACUUGGUGCUCUGUACUGUGGUGCUAAUGCCGGAUUUGAGAUAAUUCACGGAUUGGUCGACAGAGUAAUGGAAAAGAACGGUGUUCCCUUUGUUUCACCUGGUGAUAAGUCGGGUUAUUAUAUUGAGCGGUCAGAUGAACCCGAGUUUCUUGCCGGUCGACAAGCUAGAAUCAUUUACAAGGGAAAGCAUGCUGGCACUUUUGGCAUUGUUCAUCCCGAGGUACUCAACAACUUCGACAUUCCUGAUCCAUGCUCCUUUGUUGAACUUAACAUAGAAAGCUUCUUGUGAUCAUUUGUAUCAAUUAGUACGCUUUGACCCAAUCACUCUUUGAAAAAUAUAUAGAUAUUUAUCAAAGUGGGAAUCGCGAUGCAAACGCCUUCUUCCCCAUACAUUUCUGGAAUUAGAACUACGUUUGCUGGGAAGCGGAAUGUAACUUAGGGUGUUUUGUUCAUUAUAUAGAUGUAUUAUUUUUUGUCCGAGUUUCGUCGUUGUUACAUGUUUAGAAUAUCUGAAGUUACGGAUUUGUUAAUAGGUAUAAUCUCUACCAUAAUUAGUUAUUUUCAAACACGGUUAAUUUUGGUUUUAAAUCGAGACUGCAAGGAUAUUGAUUCCUUCGAAAAUUGUCAAUACAAAAGGUUUCUGCUGCUUGGGCUGCGGCAGUUUUUCUUGCCUUUUA